CCCGCCGCUCCACGUCGGCGCGAGGCGGAGCGCGGCUGCCGUUUGAAUUCCGGCGGGCCGGCGGCGCCGUCUCCCGCGGGGAUGGCGGUGCUGCGGCCCUUCAACAAGCUCCCGCCGCUCAACUCCGGCGUCCUCCUGCUCGUGGGCUCGGACGAGGCGCUGCAGCAGAAGCUGGCGGAGGCGAUCCUGCAGGAGAACAAGGACUUCAACAUCAGCAUUCACCUUGCUACAUCCCUCCCCUUACCUUCUGAGAGGGAUCAUCUUCGACCCAGGAUAGAUCUGGUUGUGUUUAUGAUUGACAUCAAGAGCAAGUACAGCUUGAAGAAUGUCGAAACUUCCCUAGCCCAUGUGGAUGCCGGCUUCUUCCUGGGGAAAGUGUGCUUUCUUGUCACUGGGGUUGGCAGGGUGAAUGCUUGCAGCAUUGAGACAAAUGCUAUCUGUAAAUUAGGAGAAGCCUACUGCAGUCCUGUGCUAUUCUGUGAGCUGGAGUUGGAAGGCAUUCGAGUGGCUACUGCUCAACGACUUGUGCGAAUGUUAGGAAUCUGUGCCGGUCACAUACCGGGAGUUUCUGCCUUGUCCUUUGUCUCGCUGAUGAGGAAGUCUGAUGAUGAUUAGCUACUCAUUGUGAUACUUCACACACAUUCAUCAGGUUUUUUUCACUUCAGGCAUUCAAGCUGCUGCAGUUGGAAUCACAUUGGGAAGCUUUUUUUGAGUGACUUGUCAUGGCCACUCAUCCAGAACUGUUCCUAGUUGCUUACCUCUCAAUAAAAGUUUGAUUCCUAUUGAGUGGAUAACAGAUAGGGAGGGGAGUUUGAAUUGGGGAUUCUGAUCCAUUAUUACAUCUGAAUCCCAUUUCAUGAUCAAGUUUGAGUCUUUUCCACUUGGCCAGUGGCCAGGAGCUACAUGUCUUUCUGAGAGAAUAUUAGAAGAACAGGCUACUGUCUCCAACGUACCAGAGAAGAGGCGGCAGGCUCCUUCUUGCAGUUGAAAUGCAGCACCUUAGUCUAAUGUGAAACCUUGCUGCCAGGUUUUGUCUGUCCACCAAGAGAAGAGUGGGGAAGGAAGGCUGGCCUGGAGCUUCUAGAUAGACUGCACUUGGCAGUUAAUGAUCCAGCUGUGUGAGCAUCUGCCCAGCAAAGGACUCGCUAUUUCCAUGUCUGCUACCUAAUUGGGAAGGAAGGGACUAAAGAAGAUAAUCAAUCUAGCACUUCAGCUUUCUUUUAGAUCCUCAAAGAAAAAGACUCCACCUGUCAAGCCCAAAGACAGCUCCAGUAGUGCAGCCUCUGGGGCUGACCAGAGGUGAAACCCAGCAGCCAGGACCACAGCAGCACACAGAAAACAGGUUGUCUCAGCUGCUUUGGCAUAUGCUGUGUAUAAUCCCUUUACUAACAGGUUCUGACCAGCUGUAAGUUGUGCCUUGUGCUUACUGCGAGUCAUUAAGGUUUGAGUGUUCUAAUUUAAUAAAAGAAGUAAUAUGUAAUUGUUGUAUGCUCUUUAUUAGCGAUGUGGCAUGGGCUCUAAAACCUGCAAACGUUUGCCCCAGUUUGCCCUGGCAGGCUGGUCCUUGCUGGCAGCUCAAACUCCCAGUUAGGUGUUUUGCUGCACUCGUGGCUUCAACCAUGUGGUGGUGGCAAAAGCUUUUCAAAUACAGCCCUUUCUGUUCAUUGAGUUGAGCCACCUGCCAGAAUACAGUGCUUUUUGAAAGGCUGGGAUGUUUCUUACCCAGCAAUGAAGCCUAGAGAGACUGUGUUAAGCUCCCCUCUGGUUUAAUUUAUUUAAUCCCUAAUAGUCUGCUUUAAUGUUCCUAGGUGCAGAGCUCUAGCUGUGUGCACUGUUUCGGUUAGCUUGUUUCUGACAUCUGUCUGUGAGCAGGAAAAGCAGAAAGCAGCACUGCAGGCUUAAUCAGCUGUGAGUGUUGGCAGUCCUUGCAAAGACAGCUCAGCAAGGCACAAAGCCUGUAUCCUUGCUCAGAGGACACACAAAUCCCAGCUCCAGUUGUAUUGUUGCUGAUGGGGGAGGGCUAGGGUGUUUGUCAGCUGAAACAAAAGGAGCUAAACCAUUCAGCUGUGUUAUGAUGCCCAAAAGGGCUGGACUCUGGCUAAAACCCAAAGGAGAAAGACAUGUGCAAACUGGUCGUGGCUGUGUAAGGAGGAUUGGAAGCUUAAUGGGCAUGCCCUACUUUCAGCUAGCUUUGCCAUCCUGAAGGUACUAACCAGCACUUGGCCACCAGAGAGGGGAAAAUCAUGCUGAGAAACAAGUUUCUGUGUUGGUUAUGCUGUCUCAGCCUUGCUCUUGCUUUGAGUCCCUCAAAAUAAAGGAGACCAUGGCUUAGAAUAGGCUGAUUUCAAUUUGCUCUCGAUGUGCAGGUGCAGUCUGUGGGAGGAAGGGAAGGGAAGUGGCAUAAAAUGAGCCACUCUUUUGUGUCCUC